UUGUAUACUUCCGGUUAAUUUUACAAUGGAAGGUAGAACCCGUCUAAGAACGGUUAACAGUCCAAAAACAGAGACUAAACAAAACAGCACCGACAGCAGACAAUUUCACUCUGAGAUAAGCAAUAGUAGUGACAAUAGUAACAGCAGCAGAAGAAAUGAUGAUUCAGCUGACCGCGAUAAAAACGAAGAUGAAGAUGGUGUCAGCAAAGAAUUGAAGAUGUUGUCAUAUGGUCCGUCAGGAGGUCAUGGUAAAUUCAUGGAAGACUUCGACCCAGAAAGAAGUGGACGAGAAAUGAGGAAGAUGAACCGACGGAUUUACAGAGAAAGUGUUCGGAAGAACCAGCUGUACGAUGAGACAGGUCGUUUGUUUGAGAACAGCAAGGAUCUGUGUGACUGUCUAGAAGUUGACUGUCCAGGUUGUCAUUUCCCCUGUUCCAAGUGCGGAUCUGAGAAAUGUGGAUCUGAGUGUAGAUGUAAUCGUAAAUGGGUCUAUGAGAGUGUGGAAGUAGAGGGCACAGACAUUGUCAUCAAGUGGCCAACAUGAUUGGAAUCGUCUAUAAUAAGUGUUCACCAGUUCAUUCUCAUGGGGAAUCUUUCUUUGUGAAUGCCUGAACUCCAUACUGAAGUUGUGACAAGGGGAAACAUUUUCUGUAUAUGUGCUGUUGCAACAAGUGAAAGCCGAAACAGACCUGCGACCUUUCCACCAUUUCCAGUAAGAAGUUUAUGUCAAGUGUUUUCUUAACAUCAUUGAUGCUUCUGUUUAUGCACUUUAUGUCAGUUUGAAACUGGUGAAGUGAAAUGGUUAAGAAAUUAUGUUUACUUAAAACACUGGUGAAUGCAUAGACACAUUGUGUGGACAUUAUGUUGGAGAUCUUUGGAAAUCAUAAAUCAACAAAUCACCAUGCAAAGUUUUCAUAGCCUCUGUAAUGUUUACAUGGAAAUACAACUGCUCAAAACUUCAUUCUGGCCCCAUCAACCCUCAUAUCUUGAAAAUAACUGUACAUACUACAUUUUGAGAAAACAUAACAAUGUAGUGUUAUUAAGUAACAUUUCCUACCGACUUAUCUGGAGUGAAUUUGUGUUCUGGACAUCAUCAUGGAAAGUUUCUCAAUAAAUCAGUCUCACUGAACUUUGGUGUAUCUGAAAAUAUAUAGCUUUUCAACAACAGCUGUGAUUUUAUCUCUAAGUAUGAUGGUUAAUGUCAGAUUGAUACUAAAAUAAUUGAACAUAUUCUUUAUAUGUAUAUGUUGAAGGGUUAAUGCUUGCACAGCUGAUAGUAAUUGAACUUAUUGUGCUUGAGGAGUUUAAUAAUCUUGUAAGGUUGCUAAAUAGCCCAAACAUCCCCCAAAAGCCAAUCAUUUUGCAUCACCUCUUCCUUGUCUCCAUCCCAUGCUUGACUUCCAUGCAAACACAUUGCUAUGCGUACAACAUUGUCGCCAUGUUUGUUUCACCAGGGUUAACCUCACAAAUGCUGUGGCAUUAAAUCAAAAAAGAAAUGUGUAUCUUGCCUUGAGUUGUUGAUGUUACUAGUACUCAUAAAUUACUUUGUUAUUGAUGUCAGUUGAUAGUUUAUUUAACAUAAUCUGGAUGAAAGGUAAAGAGACAAUGUUUUCAACUUUCAUUUUAACUGAUUGUAUAUAACAUGUGUUUUUUUUAUCGAAUUCUUGUUGAUUUAGCAUUCAUGACAAGGUUCAUAAUGAGGUUUAUUGGAAAUAUAAAAUUAUUGUGUAUUUUCCAUUUUAUUCUGUUAUGAUCAAUAGUAAUGUCUCUUUGCCUAUGUGGAUAAGUACAUUUGACCUAACUAUAUACCUGCAAACUUUUUUUAGGGGCAUUUAGAAGUUGGGUCACAGAGGAAGGAUAACAAUAUAUGGAUGAACAAUUUCUUUAUUACAGUCA